CUCUCUUUGUAAUUUAUUGUUUUUAUUUCGAGUGCAAAAAACCAGAAAAGAAACAAGAUUAUAGUUGAACAAUGGCCGACUCAUUCAUUGGCGUGCGUGUAGCAGUGACGCUUCACUCUGGCUUACGCCUGGACGGCACCGUCUCACACAUUGAUACCACCACUCAGCAAAUGACACUUAAUGACGUGAACCUACACUUCCCUGGACUUGCGUCUCAUCGGACUCCCAUCUAUGGUGUGGUCGGUACCGAUAUAAAAGACUUGGAAGUUCUACCUUCUGAAAAACCCGCAUCGCCUGUUCCCGCCCAACCGCCAACACAAACACUAACGCCCACCGCUCGCGUCACCAAGAGCCUGGACACGAAAACGGUUCCUUCAGGCAAGAAAACCAAAGCAACCAACAGUAAUGCGAAAACUCCACGUUUAUCAAAUCAAGAACCCAACUCGUCGCGAAAUAUAAAGGCGAACCGUGGAGGCAUACCUACAAAAUCGGCUUCUGAUACCAUGUCACGACGUCAAAAGCAACAGUUGCAACCACCGCCACGCAAAAAUGCAAAGGAAAACGGCUGGGCCGACGAGAGCGUGGAUGAAUUUAAAGAACACGAAUUUGAUUUCCAAGCUAAUCUCGAUAUGUUUGAUAAAAAGAAGGUGUUUGCCGAGAUUAGAGAAUCGGAUGAAACAGCACCUGAAGCAUUAUUGGUAACAUUGAAUCGACUGCCGCAGAAAUCCAAUGAGAUCCAUUCCAAGCCCGACAAAAUCAACUUGCUACCUAGCGAGAAUGUGCUGGAUAAUGAAUCCUCCUACCGUAGCGACAGUCCGUGUGAGGGGCCUACAGACAGAGGGGAUGAAAGUGACAUUGAGUCGCAAACACCGGACGAAUCCGCUACGAAGCAUUCUAUGCAUCAGCGAAAAAAGACCGUCAACCUUGUCUCCAGUUCUUACCGCGUAGCAUGUCCACCUGUUUCCCUAUUACAGAUGGCCCAUGCGGAACAUGAAUGCAUCAAAAACACUGGACCGAACGAAGAACAACUGAUUGAAAAUGGAGGAAGAGGAGCAUGUUUGUUGGCCAUGCAGAAAAUGGGAGCGAGUCAACGAAUAUAUCCGAGUGAUCCAUUGACGGUGGUGGUACUUGCUGGUUGCAAUAAGAUGGGCGCUUAUGGUCUAGCAUGUGCACGUCACCUAUCGAAUCAUGGAUGUCGUGUGAUUGUUAGUAUAGCGGGCGAAAAAGACAUGUUACCGGAACAAAUGACUUGUCAAGAACGGAUAUUGCAGGCGAUGGGUGUUCCCAUUGCGCGUCAAGUCCACACUCUUAAAGUAUCGGGAAUCGAUUUAAUUAUUGAUGCCAUGCUGGGAACCCAGGACAAUAUUGAUGAUUUGGAAGAAGAAACGGGCCUGUAUCGAACUUAUUGUGAUAUGAUUAGCUGGUGCAAUGAACAGCGGUCGCCCGUGUUGAGUAUUGAUUUCCCCAGUGGUGUGGAUGCUGGUACAGGAGAUAUCCAUCACACAUUAUAUCAUGUGCGUCCUAUGUGGACGCUGUGUUUAGGUGCACCGAAAACAGGAUGCGUUUCGCCGUCCAUUACCGGUGAAUUGUACAUGGUAGAUUUAGGUAUACCACGUUUAUGUUGGAAGCGAGCCGGCGUCAAAGGCUGGACUGUCCCCUGGGGAGCCGAUUUUGUCAUUGCUUUACAAUACAUUUGAAAGCCCACGGUUUUCCCUUAAAAAAAUUUUCAGAAAAGCUCACAACAAAAAGUGAUCUCUCAUCAAGUGUGAAUAUACUCUUGGAAAAAAAAAAAGAGUCAACU